ACCGUCCGAUGGUGAUUUCAUCUCUCACCUUUGACCAUAUCUCUUUGCUCUCUUGGUAGUAGGAAUUAGGAAAGAGGAGCUCUCCAUACUUUUGUUGUUAUCUCUGCCUCCUUUUAUUUCUAUUAUCUCCAUAGCUCCUUCAAAGUCUCUUCCUCUGUUGCUAGCUAAGUUUUUUUUAGCGAGGACGACUAUGGCUGCUGCGAAUGAAGAUAACCUUAACGAAUGCAAGAGAAUAGUCCCACUCAACACAUGGGUCCUCAUCUCCAACUUCAAGCUCGCUUACACCCUCCUCCGCCGUCCCGACGGCUCUUUCAACCGUCACCUCGCCGAGUUUCUCGACCGCAAAGUUCCCCCAAACUCUUUCCCCCUCGACGGCGUCUUCUCCUUCGACCACCUCGACUCCUCCUCCUCCUCCACCAACCUCCUCACAAGAAUCUACCUCCCAGCUCCCCUCGACCCCUCGCGCCACGGAACCGUCGACCUCACGGAGCCUCUCAGCACAACCGAGAUCGUCCCCGUUCUCAUCUUCUUCCACGGUGGUAGCUUCACUCACUCCUCCGCCAACAGCGCCAUCUACGACACUUUCUGCCGACGGCUGGUCACUAUCUGCGGCGUUGUUGUUGUCUCGGUUGAUUACCGGAGAUCGCCGGAGCACCGUUACCCUUGUGCUUACGACGACGGAUGGAAUGCUCUCAGAUGGGUCAAGUCCAGAAUCUGGCUUCAGAGUGGUAAAGACUCCAAUGUUUAUGUUUACUUGGCUGGUGAUAGCUCUGGGGGUAACAUAGCCCAUAAUGUUGCUCUGAGGGCGACCAAAGAAGGAGUUAAAGUGUUGGGGAACAUUCUUCUUCACCCUAUGUUUGGUGGGCAAGAGAGGACUCUGUCUGAGAAGAGACUUGACGGUAAAUACUUUGUCACUAUUCAAGACCGAGAUUGGUAUUGGAGGGCUUUUUUACCUCAAGGUGAGGAUAGAGAUCAUCCGGCUUGUAAUCCCUUUGGCCCUCGAGGUCAGAGCCUUGGAGGAGUCAACUUCCCCAAGAGUCUUGUGGUUGUGGCUGGUUUAGAUCUUGUUCAGGAUUGGCAAUUGGCUUAUGUCGAUGGUCUCAAGAAGACUGGUCACCAUGUUAACCUUUUGUAUUUGGAGCAGGCUACCAUUGGGUUUUACUUCUUGCCUAACAAUGACCACUUCCGUUGUCUUAUGGACGAGUUAAAAAAGUUUGUGCACUCGAUGGAGGAUGAUACUCUAAGCAAGUCAAGUCCUAUUCUUCUGACUCCAUAGCCACAUGAAGGUUCUGCUCCAAGUUGAUGUGUGAGAUUUUGUUGGUUGGGCCGGAAGCAAAAACCUAUUCUGUUAUCGGCAUCUCUCGGUUUAGGGUAAACCAAGAGAUCAUACUUUGCUUGGUAGUAUAGGAGGUAGAUUUUAAUUGGCUCUACUAGAGUACAAUGGGUAAAAUACAAGACAACUAACUUGUCUAUCAACAUGUUGUGAUAAAACUUGUCCCUGGCAUGGAUUUGUAUGUUUAUAUUAACCUUUUGUGUUCUCAUGCUUUUAAUGGAAAGAGCAUGUCUUUGUGGUU